UGGAUCCGACUUUGCAGCAUCCCCCUUGGCAGCCCCAGGAAGAUUUCUGGCUGCGUCAGCCAAAAUUCCUCCCGGGGACUGUGCUGCAAUGCAGACACCACACCCCACUGGUGCCACUCAGCUACAGACCAGCACCGCCGAGGGCUUUCCUCCUCCUCCUCCCGAUUAGCCCCGAUGAUUUCGGGUUGGCCGGCAUCACCUCCUUGGGACCGCGGUGCCCGCAGCGGGUGUCACUGAGGCAUCGCUGGCGUUGGGCGGUGCGGCUGCUGCCUGCAGAAGCGCUCACUCCCCGCAGGGACCAGCGGGUUUCAGAUUUCAUUUCCCUCGCACGCUACACCCCAAUUCCAGACACUUUCUGGCUCCGCCGCUGCAUGGACGCAGAGCAUGGGUCCUUCGCCGUACCCAGCGCAAGCAGACAGCUCCAGGGAGCGGACCAUGAAGGCGCUGAUUUUAUUUUGGCUUUGCGUCUCGCUUUUCCCCGGCUUUUCCCAGGGCAGAGUCGUGGGAGAGGACGAGGCUGGUUUUGCUGAGUGCAACGUGUUUUUCCCUGGACAAGUCCCACCAGAAGGAUUCACCGAGCCCUUCCACGUGAAAAUCUGUCAGCAGUACAACAGGGAGCCGCGCUUCGCAACCCUCUACAGUACCAAGGACAAAAUCCCUCUUUAUUCAGCUUUUAAAUACACAAAAGCAGCCCAAAAUGAGGAGGAAAGCUGGCUGGUCGAGCCGCAGGUGGAUGACCCAGACAACGACCAGCAGGAGAUGGUGCUCGAGGCUGAUCUCGUCGGCACGGUGGCCAACCUGGGUGCCAACCAAGCCCUGACCUCAGACUACAUGGGCUCUGGCUACGAGCGGGGGCUGCUGAACCCCAGCCUGCUCAACGAGGAAGACUUCCAGACGGCCACCUACACGCUGACGAACGCCGUCCCCCUGAGUCCAUCUCUGAGCAAAACCUGGCACAGGGACGUCGGGAGGGUGGUGGAGCAAGCCCUGGCCCCUCACUGCCCCAGCAAGGACCACCUGUAUCUCCUCGCGGGCGCGAUUCCUUCCAGCGUCCGUGUCAAGGGCAAGGUGUCGGUGCCCGAGGUGCUGUGGCUGGCGGCGUGCUGUGAUGCUGCAGAGGGGUGGUCCUUAGGGCUGGUGAAAAAGACCAGCGAUGAAAACAGCCUGGCAGACCUGACAGUGGGCGAGCUGGAGGAGCAGCUCCUGGCAGGGAUCGAGCUCUUCAAGGGCAGCUGUGGAGGAGACAGCAAAAACAAGGAGAAAGUGGAAGCGAUACUGCAAGCCGUCGGCCAGAUCCGGGCCGGGGGACAAGUGGGAACAAACGACAGCCAGGAGUCCAAGGAGAGCGGCUUGGUGAGAAAAGUGGCUGGCAUCAUCGCCACCCCCUUCAUCAAACUCCUGGAGCUCCUCAUCUACCUGCUGGUGGAGCUGGUGAAGUUCACAUUUUACUUCCUGUGGCUUGUCAUCAAGCGGGUGGGCAGCACAAUCCUGGACGGAGCCUCCAGCCUGUGGAGCGGGGUGGUGUCCUACCUGCAGGCCAUCAGCAUGGUGCUCAUCAGCAUCCCCUACGACCUGGGGAGGGUUGUUGCCAACAUCUCCCUGGGCUUCCUGGAAAUCGUCCAAGACGUGGCGUUCCUCACCUACAGGAUCCUGCGCAUCCCCGUGGGGUUCGUCCUCCACCUCGCUGCUUUCCCCUACCACUCCAUCUGUGCCAUCCCCUCUGUCCUCAAGGACCUGGCCUCUGGGAUCGGUGGCACCUUCUCGCUGGCCGUUGAUGCCACUGCCACCCUCCUGCACGGCUUUUAUUACGUGGCCAGCCACAUAGCCAAGCGGUUUGUCCCUAAAGUCUCCUCCGGUGACUGACAGGGAGAGAAACCAAGGCUGCAAAGACGUGAAGUGGAUGAGGAGCUCUAGGAUAGGUGGCCAAACGCAGUCCGUUUCGUUCUGGUAUUUAUUGUAGCGACGUUAAUAAUAAUGAACCAAGCGGGGGGAGUAACAGGGAGGGCCGAGGUAACUUUGUCAGGGGACACCACCGCUGCGACUCAAACUCUGUCUAUUUUAAAGCACUGGGAUCCUGUCGGUGCGGGUCACAAACUUUCUGUGAUCUGCAGAUACCAAGCUCUGGGGAUGCUCUCUAAGCUGUUUCCUUCCCACUGAGAGGGCACCGGGACCUCUGCACCCUGCAGCAGCACAUCCCAUGGGGUGGAGGUGCUCCUCUGGGGAGGGAUUCAGUUUCUGAAAGCUGGAGAAGGGAAAAGGAGGGCAAGGUGCAAGGCUUAGGGGCUGGGCAGCGGGGAGGGAAUGGGGCCGGGUCCUGCUGCUGGCCGCACUGCUCGCUUCUCUGGGACCUGCUGGUGGAGCCCAAGGAGGAAUUUGGCUGGGUGUGCCUCGUAGCUCCUUCAAGGCAGCUGAAACCAAGCGGAUCUGGCUGUGAGGAAGCACCAGCUUCUAGUUCUUUCCUGCAGGGGGAAAGCAUUUCCCCUUCGCCAUGCCAAGCUCACUUUCCCUGGGCUGUUCCUCGCUCCCUGGGGAGCACUGAGGACCUCAGCCCCAAUUCCUCGCCCUGGCUGGUGGGCUCCAAAGCCUGGUAGAACCUCGUGGGUCAUGAUUUGGGCUUUGAGACACCCCCAUCUGCCAGUGACCAGCCUGUCCUGCCCCUGUUCCUCCAACACCCAACACCUCUGUGCUGCAGGAUUGUGCCCAGGCGGGGAAUUGGAAAUGUGGCCAUCCUCCUCAGGCGAGUUGGGAAAGCCCAGCUCACUGCAGAAAGUGACCCUCCCAUGCUUUUCUGCAGGACAGAAGGAAAGUGGCUGUGCCUUUCUUACUGGUCUGGCUCGGUGGUGUCCUUACCAAAAGGCACCUGGGGAGCAGGGGACAGGAGAUGAGCAGGGAGCACGGGGGGAGUUUUGCUGCUUGUUGCCCAAAGCCCCAUCCAGCCUGGCCCUGAACACCUCCAGGGAUGGGGCACCCACAGCUUCUCUGUGCCACCCUCUGAGUGAAGGAUUUCUCCCCCCUAAGGUGGCUGGGGACAGGGGACAACUCGUCAUUGCCCCCACCAAGCACCCCGUGUGAGAGGUGCUUCGUGGGGGGGGAAGGGUGGCCUCCCAGCUGGCUUUCUUCAUGGGGAAAGGCAACUUUUUGUGCUCAUCAGGGCCUGAUCAGGUGAAGUCAGCAACAUUUGGCAAACCCCUCCUUCGUCCUCAAGCUGUCAGCAGAGGGAUUUGGAUCCAAGGGGCACGGUCGCUGCUCCCAGCAGAGAGGCAGCCGCCUGCCUUGCAUCCAGACCUACCUCUGCAUCUAGCAGGCAAACACAACCCAAGCUGGGCAGACGUGGGGCUGUUAAAAGGGUCUGAACACGCUCGGAUUGCAGCCGUGACGAACCCUAACCAGCACAGGUCGUUUUUCUUCUCUGCUGCAUGUCUGAGCAGGCCAUGGGAAAUCUGCCUGAAACACCCAGUAAUUGUUACAGAACAAGCAACAUCCUGCUGCAGACCAUGGCUUCAGAUCAUUCUUAUCUGGGCAUGAUUUAUGGCUUGUGAGCUUUACUCUGUCCUAGGAAAUGUAUGGCUUUAACAAAAUAAAAGUUACUUUUCCAAAGGA